UUAGGGUGCGAUGAAAGAGUUAGUAAUAGUACGAUUAAUCCGGUGAAUAUCGACUCAUUUCUAAUGGAUCAAGAAGGUGAUAAUGUGUUACUGAACAAAUAUUUAAAUUUAGAAAAAGUUGAAAACAAUCUUUAUAGAAGUACAUAUCAGCAAGUUAACCUAAGUGAAACGUAUAUCUUUGGGGGUCAGUUGAUUGGACUGGGUUUAAUGGCUGCCGGUGAUACGGUUGAACCUGGAUAUAAUCUUCAUAGUUUACAUUGUUACUUUCUUAAAGGAGGAUUAGAUCAGCCGAUAUUAUAUCAAGUUGAAGCAACUCGAGAAGGUUCAACAUAUUGUAGUCGGAGUGUAAAAGCUAUUCAAAAUGGUCUCACUUUAUUCACCAUGCAGUGCUCAUUUAAAAAACAAGAAUCUGAUUCAUUUGAACAUCAGUUUAAAAUGCCAGAUGUACCAAAACCAGACGAAUUAAAAGACAGAUCUCAGUUGUACAAAGAUUGGAUUGAUGAAACAGAUCCGUCUGAUGAAAGUUUACGUAGUAUAUUAACAAGUGAUUUAAGGGAAGCAGAAACAGAUACGUGUGAAGUAAGGCCUGUUUAUCCAUGGAGAUUCCGACGCGAGAAUGGUGAUAAACCACGGGAAUGCCUGUGGAUUCGUGCAAAACAACCUUUAGGUCACGACCUUCAUAUACACAAAUCUGUGGCCACAUAUUACUCGGAUUUGUUCAUGGCAGAUAUAGCCAGAUACCCCAAACCAUAUAUUCCUGGUAUUCAUGCAUUCUUUGUGAUAUCUCUAGAUCACUCUGUGUGGUUCCAUCAACCCUGCAGACCUGAUGAUUGGUUGCUAUAUGAAUUGGAAUGUCCUUGUACGGCUAAUGGUCGUGGAUUUAUUGUGGGUAGAAUCUGGUCUCCCGAUGGUAAAUUGGUUAUGUCUGUAGCCCAGGAAACAGUGAUACGAACAGCAAAAGCCAAAUUAUGAUAAAUUAUUUUUAUCAAAAAACAAAUUGAAGUAAAACUAGACUAAAUAUAUCAUUUAAAAGAUGUUGAUAUUUAGUAAAAUGAUUGGUUUUGUUUUUUAAAUUUGUUACGUACAGCAAACUUCGUAUUAGUCGGAUCUUCUCUCAACUCGGGUAAAAUUGUACCCAUUGAUCCUGCGCGUUUUUCUUUAUUAAAUUUAUGCAUGUAAGUCAGAUUUACUAAGUCGGAUCUUUGCACAACUCGAAUCAAAAUGUUCAGUCCAUUUGAUCUAAUCCCGGCUUUUUUCCUUCGUCUAAGUCGAAUCGGCAGUAUGUUCAGAAUUUGACUAAAUCAGUUUCGUCCUGAUGGUCUAAAACGCAGUAAGGUAUUACAUGCACAGAGCCCCAAAAUACUGUCUGUCUGCUGUACGCGACACUUUCCAAGAAAAUUUAGGACAUUUUUCAAAGAUGCGACAAAAUGGAAGUUAUCGACUUGCACCAAAACGGAAGUUAUCCACUCAUACAUACGAACAAAAGCUUGAAAUGUGCCUUUGAAUCAAUUAUUAUCCGACUCUUGCGGUUUAUUUCUAAUCGAGCUAAGAUUUAAUUUCGGUCUUCGGCUAACUCGGGGGGCUGAAUGGUUAGCUUGAACGCGCUGUAUCAUAAAGUCUGUCAUUGAGUCGACUGGCGUGGUUUCAAAUCCCCGGUUGUACGUGACAAGGAGUAGGGUCGCCUGUCCAACCUCGUGGGUUUUCUCCGGGUCCUCCGGUUUCCUCCCACUGCUAAAGACCCCCAUGCGCAAGCGAAUUAUUGAAAUAAAAUUAAACCAUAUGUUAGUCCCGAAAUGACCUAGUUUGUUUCGAGUGGACGUUAAACCCCAUUUCUCUCUCUCUCUCUCGCUUAACUCGGAUAAAAUUGGUCAGUCCACUUAGAUCCGACUGAUGUGAAGUUUACUGUAUUUAUUUUGUAUAAUUAAUAUUUAAUUUGUAAAAUGAUUAUUUACAUAAAAUUUGUUAUGUAUAUAUAUUUAAUCUGUGGAAUGAAAUUCUUGUUUUGUUUGUUUUUUGAAUUUAUUUUGUAUAAUUAAUAUUGAAUUUGUAAAAUUUCAUGUAUUUAAUUUGUAGAAUGAAAUUCUUGUGUGUAUGUUUUUUAAAUUUCUUA